AUGGCUGAUAUAGUUUUGGAAUUAGAUUUAAGCCAAUCAACAUUCUUACCUCAUUAUAAAAAUUUACUACCCACGUCGAACGCAAAUGAAAGCAAUUCAACGAAAAAAUCGUCGAAACGAAGUUCGUCGUCAUAUCGAGAACGUUUAGAACGUAUUAAGAAUAAUUGUCAAUUAAUUCGUGAACGACGACGGCGUUGUUCUCUGUUCUCGAAUUUACCGAUCGAACUUCGUCCAAGUCUAUUCCAACAACGCCAUUAUCAAUCAGGCGCAUUAGAAUUGUUGAAUAUCAGUCCUAAUCAUUGGCAAUCAACCAAUGCAUUACGUUUGUCUGAUGAAUAUUUAUAUAAAUGUAAAUACGCAAUGUAUGCGACAACAAAUCGAAAUUUUAAACAGAAAGAAUUCUAUUUUCUACUCCGAGAACUUUUCUCUUGUUCGGCAACGAUAGAAAUCGACAGUAGCAAUCAGUCGUAUCAAUGUCAAUUGUGUGAUUCAAGUUUUCAUUCGGCUGAUAUAUUUCAUUUACAUUUAAAUCGUCGAAGCGUAUCCAUCCAAUAUCAAUGUUUAACAUGUCAGUCGUUGAUUCAAACCACCAAUCCAUGUCAAGCCUAUUAUCAUUUAUUACUGCAUCCGAAUUCGACGAAGGAAAAGCGUCUGGCACAUUUGAGCAUUAACUGUGAUCCAAAUACCUCCCUGGAAUUUAUUGGUGAUACAUUCACAAAAUAUUGUGAGAAUUAA